GCCCUCUCAGCUGUUGAUGAUUUCCGGUUCCGGUUUCUUCUUCCUCCAGCAGCCACAGAGCUGAGGGAGGAAAGAUGGCGGCGGCCCAGUCCGACAGAGAUCCACCGUCCGCUUUAUGUUCUGAAUUCCUCAAUUUCUCCGCUAAAGACACCGCGUCGCAAUGGCUGGUGGCAGCAGACCUGCAGCAGGAGGUGUAUCAUCACCUGGCCUUGUAUGUACCCAGAAUCCUCUGUCUGGGUCCAAGUGCAAGCAGCAGCAGGGAGGAGCAGAGGGAGGAGCAGAGGGAGGAGCUGGCCUGUCAGUUGCUCCUUUUGGCCCCUCUAGAGUGGCUCCUGCUGGGGGAGGAGCCAGCCUCCGGCCUGGCCCUCUUGCAGGAGAAGAACCAGCCGUCACCACUGUGUGGACAUGUGUUCAAGGUGGGCGAGCCCACCUACUCAUGCAGGGAGUGUGCAGCAGACCCGACCUGUGUUCUGUGCAUGCAGUGUUUCCUGGCUAGCAUUCACAAAGAGCAUCGAUACAGGAUGACCACGUCAGGAGGUGGAGGUUUCUGCGACUGUGGAGAUGCUGAAGCUUGGAAGAAGGGUCCUUACUGUCAGAAACACACCCCUACAGACAACACCAGAGACACAGAGGAGGAUCCUGUAGCUCAGCUUGCAGCUGACAUGGUUGCUCGUGCUUACAGCAUCUUCUCCAUCAUCCUGAAGUAUGCUGUGGAACUGCUGACCUGGGAUCAGGAAGACCAACUACCUGCAGGACUGGAGCCACCGGAGAGACGAGACACCUACUACUGCAUGCUGUUCAAUGAUGAAGUCCACACGUAUGAACAGGUGAUCUACACUCUGCAGAAAGCCGUCAACUGCAGCCAGAAAGAAGCUGUCAGCUUCGCCACCACCGUGGACCGAGACGGGAGGAAGUCAGUUCGAUACGGUGACUUCCAGUUCUGCGAACAGGCCAAGUCUGUUAUAGUGAGGAACACCAGCCGUCAGUCGAAGCCUCUCCGGGUUGAGGUGAUGCACUCGUCUGUUGUUGCUCAUCAGUGUUUUGCACUGAAGGCUCUCAGCUGGUUGGGGCAGGUCAUCCAGUACUCAGAUGGUCUCAGGAGGAUCCUGUGUCAGGUGGGACUGCAGAGGGGUCCUGAGGGAGAAAACUCCUCGCUGGUCGACAAGCUGAUGCUCAAUGACUCCAAGAUGUGGAAAGGAGCAAGGAACAUCUACCACCAGCUGCUGAUGAACAGCCUCCUCAUGGACCUCAAAUACAAGAAGAUUUUUGCUAUCCAGUUUGCCAAGAACUACAGACGCCUCCAGACAGAUUUUAUGGAGGACGACCACGAGCGAGUGGUGUCAGUGACUUCACUGUCUGUUCAGCUCUUCACCGUCCCGACUAUGAGUUAUGAACGCUUGCAGUAUGACUACGUGAGAGACGACCACGACCGUGAGUUCUCCAUCACUGACCUGUCAGUACAAAUAUUCACCGUCCCGUCGCUGGCCCGGAUGCUGAUGGUGGAGGAGAACCUGAUGAAGACCAUCAUCAGGACGUUUGUGGACCACCUGCGUCACAAAGACCUGCAGGGACGCUUCCAAUUCGACCGCUACACGGCCCAGCAGGCCUUCAAAUUUGGACGAGUCCAAAGCCUCAUUGGAGACCUCAAGUACAUCCUGAUCAGUCAACCCUCUGAGUGGAGCGAUCAGCUCAGACUCAAGUUUCUGGAAGGUCUCGAUGCUUUUCUGGAGCUGCUAAAGUGUAUGCAGGGUAUGGACCCAGUGGUGAGACAGGUGGGGCAGCACAUAGAGAUGGAGCCCGAGUGGGAGGCAGCGUUCACUCUGCAGAUGAAACUGACUCAUAUCAUCUCCAUGAUCCAGGAGUGGUGCUCCACUGACGAACGCGUCCUGAUCGACGCUUACAAGAAGUGUCUGAGCGCGCUCAGUCACUGUCACAGCGGCCUCCCAGACGGUGAGCACCCAAUCAGCUUGAGUCUGGCGGGUCACUGUGUGGAGACGUUCAGAUACCAGGUAUCUCAGGACAAAGUGUCUAUACACCUGCCGGUGUGCAGACUGCUGGCAGGGCUUCACGUUCUCCUCAGCAGGACAGAAGUCGCCUCUCGUUUCCCUGAACAGCUUCCUCUGGGUGAACUCAGCCCCCUGCUUCUGAUUGAACUACCCCUCCGCUGCCUAGUGCUCUGUGCCCAGGUGCAUGCUGGGAUGUGGAGGAGGAACGGCUUCUCCCUGAUCAACCAGAUUUAUUAUUACCACAACGUCAAGUGCAGAGUGGAGAUGUUCGACAAAGACAUCAUCAUGCUGCAGGUGGGGGCAUCCAUGAUGGAUCCAAACCAUUUCCUGAUGAUCGUUCUGAGUCGAUUUGAACUGUUCCACAUUUUCAGCUCUACAGACUGCAGGAAGAGAUACAGAGAGGCUAACAAGGAUGUGGUCCAGCAGAACAACACUCUAAUUGAGGAGAUGCUUCACCUCAUCAUCAUGGUUGUUGGUGAGCGUUACGUGUCAGGUGUCGGACAGGUGGAGCCUUUUGAUGAGGUCAGAAGAGAAAUCAUCCAUCAGCUCUCGAUCAGACCGAUGGCUCACAGCGAGCUGGUGAAGGCCCUGCCAGAGAAUGGGAACAAGGAGACCGGUCUUGAGAGAGUCAUUGACAGCGUGGCGUCAUUCAAGAAGCCAGGUGUGACAGGUCGAGGCCUGUAUGAACUGCGUCCUGAGUGGAACAAACACUUCAACCUGUACUUCUAUCACUACAGCAGAGCUGAUCAGUCAAAGGCUGAGGAGGCUCAGAGGAAGCUGAGAAGACAGAAUGGAGAGGACACAGCUCUGCCUCCCCCUCUCCCUCCCCCCCUCUGCCCCUUGUUUGGGAGUCUGGUGAACCUGCUGCAGUGUGACGUGCUGCUGGCUAUAGAGGGCGCUGUGCUGCAGUGGGCUGUGGAGCCCAGUGGGGGUGGCUGGACUGAGUCGAUGCUGCAGAGGGUGCUCCACCUGGUAGGCGUGGCUCUGCUGGAGGAGCAGCAGCAGUUGGAGAACAGCAGUGGAGACGAUGAUGUCACCUUCAACUACACCUACAAGAUCACACGUCCAGGUGAAGCUCCCAGUACUUCAGGAAGCGUCCUGGCUCUGUUGGAGACUCUGCAGAACGCUCCUCACCUGGAGGUCCACAAAGACAUGAUCACCUGGAUCCUCAAGAUGGUGACAAAUAUCAAAACAAUGAGAGAACGAACAUCCUCCACUUCCACUGUCACCGUCAGCCAGGGACAAGGACCAGAGGAGACACUGAGAGACAAAGACAAGGCGGAGAGGAAGAGGAAGGCGGAGAUGGCUCGGCUUAGGAGAGAGAAGAUCAUGGCGCAGAUGUCUGAGAUGCAGAAACAUUUCAUCAACGAGAACAAAGAACUUUUCCAGCAGAGUCUAGAGGAGCUUGAGGCUUCUACAUCUGCUGCUGCUGCAGAGAACAGUCCUCCCAGUUCGGAGCAGUCCUGUGUUUCUCAGGUGUGUGUUGGUCCCAGGAGGGUGGGCGGAGCUGAGCGCCGUCAGCUGGUGACCUGCAUCCUGUGUCAGGAAGAGCAGGAGGUCAGAGGCCAGGGCAGAGCCAUGGUAUUGGCGGCAUUUGUCCAGAGGUCAACGGUUUUGUCCAAAAACCGCCGCCACAACCUGCCUGACCCAGAGCAUCACGAUCCUCUGUUCAUGCACCCGGAUCUGUCUCUGGGGAUUCAUACGGCGAGCUGUGGACACAUCAUGCACGCCACCUGCUGGCAGAGGUACUUUGAGGCAGUCCAGUUGAAAGAGCAGAGACGUCAGCAGCGUCUUCGAGGUCACACCAGCUAUGAUGUAGAGAAUGGAGAGUUCCUGUGUCCGCUGUGCGAGUGUCUGAGCAACACUGUGAUCCCUCUGCUGCCACACACACACUCACCUGACCACAGCAUCGAUCUUCCCAGUCUGGAGGCGUGGCUCAAAACAACCAAUCAGCAGAUAGCAGCACUGCACUCGGCCCACAGGCAGCAGUGUGAUGGUGUAACAGAGGGGGCGGAGCCUAACGUUCCUGAAGGAUUCAGAGUUGACUUUACUCCGCAGAACCUGUUCUCCAGCAGCAUCAACGAGAUGAUCACCACCUUCAGCAUGUCAACCUACAAGGUGGGACUGAAGGCGAACCCCAACGAGCAGGACCAGAGAGUCCCGGUUCUGAUCUGGUCCACCUGCGCAUACACCAUCCAGAGUAUAGAGCGCCUACUGACGGAUGAGGGGAAGCCGUUGUUUGGAAGUUUACCUUGCCGACAGAACGACUGUCUGAGCUCUCUCACCAGGUUCAGUUCAGCCUGUUGGACUGCAGUUCCACUGACAACAACACACACACACUUCAUCAGACUGUUUGCAGCCCUGGUUCCAGACUCUCAGGUAGAAAACACUCCGUGUAUCCUCAACAUCGACAUGUUUCACCUGCUGGUCUACAGUGUGUUGUCCUGCAGUUCUGUUUACACUUUGGACCAAUCGGGACGGAGUGUGGUUGACACAGCCCACCUUCAUCUCCUUCACCUUGUCACUGUGGCUCACCUGGUUCAGAUCCUACUCACCUCCACCACAGAGGAGGUGUGUAUGGAUCAGGACAGUGUGAGUUCAGAGGAGGAGGAGCUCACCUGUCAGCUCUACAACACACUGAGGAAACACCUGGGCAGUGUAUUACCUGAAGUGACCUCUGGGUGGCAGCUGCUUCGCUGUGUUAAAGUCGGUAUUCUGCCUUUCCUCCGGUCUGCCGCCCUCUUCUUCCACUACCUGAACUCUACGGCGCCACCUGCUGACUUGCUGGUUGCAGAUCCUGGUCAAUGGGAGGCGCUGUGCAGCUACCUCAGUCUGCCCUCGAACCUGCUGCAGCUUCACCAGAGCGAACACACACUGCUGGAGCCGCUCAUACACAGGUGGUGUUGUCAUCCAGGUGUGAGACAGAUGCUGCAGGGGGGCGGAGUCAUCAUCAGGUUCCCCAGAGAGUCGAACCGACUGAUUGAACUGCCUGAAGAUUACAGUGUCCUGAUCAACCAGGCAUCCAGCUUCACGUGUCCGCGGUCAGGAGGUGACAAGUCUCGAGCUCCCACUCUGUGCCUGGUCUGUGGCUCCAUUUUGUGUUCACAGAGUUACUGCUGUCAGACCGAGGUGGACGGAGAGGAUGUGGGAGCCUGCACUGCCCACACCUUCAUCUGUGGAGCAGGCCUUGGCCUCUUCCUCAGGGUCAGAGAGUGUCAGGUGUUGUUUGUAGCAGGUAAAACAAAGGGCUGUUUCUAUCCUCCUCCGUACCUGGACGACUAUGGAGAGACAGACCAGGGCCUCAAGCGGGGAAACCCCCUCCACCUGUGUGCUGAGCGUUACAGGAAGAUUGAGCGUCUGUGGCGUCAGCACAGUAUCGCUGAGGUCAUUGGUCACGCUCAGGAGGCCAAUCAGACGCUGGUUGCCAUUGACUGGCAGCACCUGUGAUGUUUGGCUCCACCCACUCACACUCAGAAACAUAGCUGAUGAUUGGCUCACUGCGUUUGGUGCGCCUCUUGUUAAUAACAACCCCUGCCUCUCAACCAAUCAGCUUCCUGCAGCCCAGCGCUGAGCUCAGAUCAGCUUUCAGGGAUUUUUUCAGGACUUCUGGCUUUGUGGUUUCUGUUUCAUGGAGGCUCCUGACCUUUGACCUCUGACCAGUCAGAGAGAGGCAAUAAAACCAGCUCGAUCCUCCCUGUUCUCACUCAUGCAGACAGGAAGUUCAAGGAGUUUCUUUUUAAAUUUUUUUUACUUUAAAUUUUCUUCAGAUUUGAAUUUUAAUUUGGGAGAUUUUCUGACUUUCUGUGAAUCUUCAGAAUUCUGCAGAGACACAACAGGAAACAAACCAAAGCGAAGCCCACCUGCUGCUGUCCCUCACAGGUUGAUUGAAAGGUCAUUUCAAGCGGUUUCAGAGCUGUGAACAUACUUUUUUAUCUUCAAUUUAAACCUGUUUCCCCCUCAGCAUGAUGGGAGAAAAGACCCUGUUUAAGUCACCUGAGUCGCCACCCACGUUCCUGAUUCAUUCACAGAUCACACAGGUGUGGUUUCAUGUUCCUGACAGUUUGAACAUGAAAAAAGGUGAACACGUGGGUUAGAAACAGCUGAAGGAGAGAUGUCAUGUUCAACUCCCAGGGUGCAUUUCACCAAAACAUGCUUAUCAAUCAGUUUGGGAAUGUAUCAAAGCACACAUCUGAUUUUCAUAUUGAUCGAGGCUGACAUCUGAUCAGUGUUUUAGUUUAGUUUUGUUGUUACAACAUUUUAUUUGCUUGUGUGAUGUCACCUCCUGUUAAAAUGAGCGGAAUGUUUUUGUGACGUGAUAGACAGAAACAGAAAACAUCUCCUGUAUUUAUUUAUUUAUUAGUUUGUUAUAAAAAAUGAAAAACAUUUUUUUCUGCUGAUUUGUUUUCACGUUUAAGAUUUUCAGAUGUAGGCAGCAUAUCAUCUCACGCUGCAUCAUUUAUCACAGCUGACUGUUAAUAUGUGAAUUCUUGUAUAAAUGAGUAAAUGUACAAUAUUGUUUAAUAAUAACAAAACCAAUAAAGACUUUAAAAGGA